GCAACUGCUCUUGAUCGCUGACAGUUUGUCGACAGACCUCUGAAACUCUCACAAUGUCUGACGCUGAAGCCGCCGCUGCUCCCGCUCCUGCCGCCCCGGCAAAGAAGGUGCCUAAGAAGAAGGCACCAGCAAAGCAAAAGAAGGCAGCAAGUCACCCUAAAUACUGUGACAUGAUAAAGAAAGCCAUCUCCUCUCUGAAAGAACGUGGUGGUUCUUCUCGUCAGGCAAUCCUCAAGUACAUCGUGGCCAACUACAAAGUUGAAAGCAAAGCCGCUCAACUUCACCUCAAGUUUGCUCUCCGUGCUGGUGUAAAGAAUGGUAAACUAAAGCAGUCCAAGGGAACUGGUGCCUCUGGAUCCUUCAGACUGGGCGACAAGGCCGAGAAGGCAAAACCCAAGGCCAAGAAAGUUUCCAAGCCCAAAGCGGCCGGAGCUAAGCCAAAAGCCAAGAAAGUGAAGAAGCCAAAGGCUGCUGUUGCCAAGAAAUCUCCAAAGAAGGCAAAGAAGGCCAAGGCAAAGAAACCAGCUGCUGCAGCAAAGCCAAAGACAGCCAAGCCAAAGUCAGCCAAGCCAAAGACAGCCAAGAAGGCAAAGUCAGCCAAGAAGACAAAGACAGCAAAGAAGUGAAGUGCGUGAUGCUUGACUUUAUGAGAUUAAUUCAUAGACAUUAGAGUGAACUCAUCCGUAUGUUUCAUCGCUACAUCAUGGGCUAAAAUGCCUUUCAUCGUAGAAAUCAUCGACUGAGAGACACUAAUCCAGUCCAGUCAACGCCGUGGUGUCCCAACAUCAUAUGACGCGUUCCCUUCAUCGUAGAUCCAUGCAUCGUUCAUUCACCAUGCUAUCACCAUCUACAUCAUCAUUCCUGUCCGUCAUGCAAGAGUACCUUCCCUCGGACUGAACAAGUGCCCCGCCCCAGGGGAGUGAAAUGUGACAAUCGUGCUCUCGGAACUCUUGUCUUCAUAGGCAGCCAUUAUGAGACUGAUACAAGUGCUAAUGACUGAAAGUAUCACGAUCUCGUUCCAUUAUUUAUCGUUGCAUAUUAUUCAUCUGUAAAUACUCAUUGAACACCCGUGUCGUUGUAAAUAGAAUCUCAAAAAUUAAAAUAUUGAAAUGUGA